AUGGAGCCAAUUGCCAUUGUCGGCAGCGCCUGUCGCUUCCCCGGCGACGCAACAUCGCCGUCUAAGCUGUGGGAGCUGUUGAAGGCUCCCCGCGAUCUAUCCCAAGAAGUCAAGCGAUUUAAUGCAAAGGGCUUCUACCACGAGAAUGGGCACCAUCACGGUGCCAGUAAUGUCAUGGCGGCCUACACCUUGGAAAGCGACCCUAUGGAGUUUGACCCCCAGUUCUUCAACAUCCAGCCUGGCGAAGCCGAAUCCAUGGAUCCGCAACAUCGUCUACUGCUGGAGACAACCUACGAGGGGCUUGAACAGGCCGGCAUUCCCAUUGAAAGUUUACGAGGCUCGGACACAAGUGCCUUCAUUGGCGUCAUGAGCGCCGACUACACCACCAUGGUCUUCUUCGACAGCGAGUGCACACCCACGUAUUCCGCCACCGGAACGUCGAGGGCCAUUCUCUCGAACCGUCUCUCUCACGCCUUUGACUGGCGCGGCGCCUCCAUGACGCUCGAUACGGCGUGCUCGUCGAGUCUCGUCGCCAUCCACCUGGCCGUCCGGGAGCUGCGCUCGGGGAGCUCACGCGUGGCCGUCGCGGGCGGCACGAACCUCAUACUCUCCGCCGAUCCCUUCAUCUCCGAGACAAAUCUUGACAUGCUCUCACCCCAAGGCAAGUGCCACAUGUGGGACGCGCGCGCAAAUGGUUACGCGCGCGGCGAAGGUAUCAGCGUCGUCGUGCUCAAGACGCUGCGCGAUGCGCUUGCCGACGGGGACCACAUCGAGUGUAUCAUCCGCGAGACAGGUGUCAACCAGGACGGUCACACCCCGGGUAUCACGAUGCCGAACCCGGAGGCGCAGACACGGCUCAUUCGCGACGUGUACAGCCGCGCGGGCCUCGAUCUUAGCAAGCCAGAGGAUCGGUGCCAAUAUUUCGAGGCGCACGGCACAGGCACAAAGGCCGGUGACAAGGUCGAAUCAAGAGCCAUCCACGAUGCUUUCUUUCCUGAAACGGGAGGCGAGCAGGCACCACUAGAACCACUCUAUGUUGGCUCCGUCAAGACAAUCAUCGGACAUACUGAGGGUACGGCGGGCGUGGCAGGAGUGCUACGCGCGUCACUGGCGAUUCAGAACGGGACUAUCCCCCCGAAUCUGCACUUCGAGUCGCUCAACCCCGAACUAAAACCAUACUAUGGCAACCUGCAGAUUGCCACCGAGGCCAUCCCCUGGCCCGAGCUACACGGGGGCGUGCGCCGAGCCAGUGUCAACAGCUUCGGGUUUGGAGGCGCCAACUGUCAUGUUAUCCUCGAAGGCUACCUGCCCAGCUAUGGCGACGAUGCACUCCGGGAAGUCGUAUCCAAGCCCAGCCUGUCCUCGUCGCCAAGUCUGUCACCCACCAGCACCAGUCCGCCCACUCCCCGUACGCCAGCCAAUUCUCUCCCAUUUCUGAUAUCGGCGUCGUCGGAAAAGACUCUGCGGAAGCUUGUGCAGCGCUAUAUUGACCAUGUCGGCCAGAAUCCCAACGUGGACAUGGGUAACCUGGCAUGGACACUGUUCAAGAACAGGAGCGCGCUCAACUUCAGACUGGCUGUCCCUGCCCCGACGCCAGAGGCACUGAUCACGACACUGGAAAGUGUCCUGAAGCAGCCGGCGGGCGGGCCAAAGAGCUCCAUCAUCCGCACCGUCUCUCAACCGAAGCGCCUCCUCGGCGUAUUCACCGGGCAAGGUGCCCAGUGGGCCACCAUGGGACGCCAGCUGGUUCAAAAGUCGGCGCGGGCCGCGGCGACCGUGGACCGCCUCGACGCCGCGCUCGCUGCCCUGCCAGACCCGUACCGGCCGACGUGGUCACUCAAGGCACAGAUCCUGGCGGAGAAGAAGGCCUCCCGGAUUGACGAGAGCGCCGUCUCGCAGCCGCUCUGCACCGUGAUCCAGAUCAUCCUGGUGGAUCUUCUCCGCAACGCCGGCGUCGACUUUGACGGGGUGCUGGGCCAUUCGAGCGGCGAGAUCGCGGCGGCCUACGCGGCCGGGUUCCUGAGCGCCGAGGACGCCGUCAAGAUUGCCUACACGCGCGGCCUAUGCGCGCAUCUAGCCAGGGGCCAGCAGGGCGAAAAGGGCGGAAUGAUCGCCGCGGGCAUGACGCACCCCGACGCCAAAGACUUGUGCGAGAAUGAGGCCGUGUUGGGCCGCAUCUCCGUCGCCGCGUACAACUCGCCCACGAGCGUCACGCUCUCGGGUGACAGCGACGUCAUUGACCAGGUCUCGGUCGUGCUCGAGGACGAAGACAAGUUCAACAGGGUCCUCCGCGUGCAGACGGCAUACCACUCGCACCAUAUGGAGGCAUGUGUCGGGCUGUACCGCAAGGCGCUGGCGGCUUGCAACAUCACGGUGCUGAAUCCCGCGCAGCAUGUUCCGUGGUUCUCAUCCGUGUAUGGCGGGAGCGUCAUGUCGGCCACGAGCAAUAUCGCCAGUGAGUACUGGAUCCAAAACAUGGUCCAGCCAGUCUUGUUCUCCGAGGCUGUCGCCGCGGCCUCGCAGACGGAGCACCAGGAUGCGCUGCCAACGUUGGCUGAAAUCGGCCCCCAUCCUGCCCUCAAGUCACCCGUUUUGGAGACGUUGAAGAGUCUUGGAAUCGACAAGGUGGCGUAUUGCGGUACGCUGAGCCGUGCCGUGGACGACGUUGAUGCCCUGUCCGCCUUCUUUGGAUGGUUCUGGUCCGUCUCGGCCCAGUCCGGUCUGCAGCUCGAUCGCUACGCCGCCCAGUUCUCUCAGAACAAGCUGGUAUCGCUUCGCAAUCUUCCUUCCUACCCCUGGGACCACACGCACUCGUAUGAGUUUGAGUCGCGAGAAUCCCAUGCCCACCGGUUCAGGGAGCUUCCUUGCCAUCCUCUUCUCGGUGUCCGAACAAACACCUGUGGUGACGCAGAAUAUCGCUGGAAAAACUUCCUUUCCACCGAGGAGAUCCCGUGGCUCACGGGACAUCAAAUUCAAGGCCAGACGCUGGUUCCCGCAGCCAUGUUCCUCAUCAUGGCCGCCGAGGCUGCCACCAUCGCUGCCGGUUCUCUGGGCCUGCAGGUCCGACUCAUCGAGCUGCACGACUCGACGAUCCACAGAGCGCUGGCCUUGGACGAUGACAAGUCUACAGAGACGCUCUUCUACCUGUCCGGGGUCGAGGUCACGUCGUCGCCCAACGAAGGAUCGAUCCUCUCUGCGACCUACCACUGCGAUGCCGCCACGAGCAAGUCGUCCAGCCGCCUGACGAGCAUUGCCAGCGGAAAGGUGCAGCUCUUUGUCGGCGGCGAUGCGUCGCGAACGCUGCCAAACAGCGCUCUGGGCUCCGGCCAGCUCAACGAGAUUGAUGUCGAUACCUUCUACGACAAUUUGCGCACGAUUGGGUACAACUACAACGGCGCGUUUCGCAGCAUCGCUUCUCUGCAGAGGACGACAAAUUGGGCCAAUGGCACCAUUGCCGCACCCACCUCGACAGACCCGGCUACCUCGCCCAGCUGGGUGCCGCUUCAUCCCGCGGUCCUGGAUGUCUCCUUUCAAGCAGUCUUUGCCGCGCUGAGUUACCCUGGCGAUGGAAGGCUACAGACCCUGCAUGUGCCAACCACGAUCAAGCGACUCACCAUUAGCCCAGCGGCUCUGUCUAGUGGCGCUAUACCUGCGGGUGGAUUUGCCUUCAACGCAGUCUCCUACAUGCUGGACAGGAGGACAAUCUGUGGUGAUAUUGAAGUCGGCAUUGCGGGCCAGGAGGAGUCCAUUUUCAAGGUCGAAGGUCUCACGGUCUCGCCGGUAGCACCAGUGACUGCUGACGAUGACAAGCACAUGUUUGCUGACAUGGUGCUUUGCGUGGCUGAACCGAGCACUGCAUUGCUACCGGAUGUGCCUGAACAGCUGCUCGCAAACACAUUGUCUCAAAACUAUGGCGAAGCUGAAAAUGCAGUGUCCAACAAACAUUCUUCAUUGGAGAAUGGUCACUUGACAAAUGGUCACUGUUUGGCAAACGGCGGACACUCUACCAACGGUCUCACAAAUGGUCAUGCUUCGACCAAUGGACAUGGUUCAACCAACGGCCACAUAUCUACCAAUGGUCAUUCAACAAAUGGUGACGUUCUUACCAAUGGCCAUUCAGUCAAUGGCCACGCUCAUUCCAAUGGCCAUUCAGAGAAUGGCGCUAUCUCAGUCAACAAGCCUACCGCUGGUGGCUACACUGCAGACAAGGCGCGCAGCUACCAUAUCGUUGCUGGCCUGCUCAAGCAAAUUACGGAUCGAUACCCCAAGGCCCGCAUCCUGGAAAGAGUGACGGACAAUGCAUCUGAGGUCCUCAAUGUCUUCACGGCGAUUGGCGGCAGGCUGUCGUCCUACGCGCUCGAUGGUAUCGCCGAGUCCGAGUUUGACGCAAUCGCCGACUCGCGCGAUGAUGGUUCCAGCCUCAAGCGAGUAUCCUUGCAACUCGAAAGCCCGUCUUUUCUGGAAACCAACGCCGGCGGCGAAUACGACGUGGUGGUCCUGCGCGACGGACACGCCACGGACAAGGGGACUCUGCAGCUCCUCCGCCACCUUCUUCGGCCGGGCGGAUACCUACUUUUGAUCCAUGAGCUCGAUCAGAGCUUGGCCAGCUUGGAGGGAGAUUCGGAGCUGUGGAGCGGCCGAUUUACCGAAGCCGGUUUUUCCAAGAUGGAGGCCCAGGGCUCCUCCAAGAGCGGUCGCUUUUCCAUCAUGGCAACAAUGGCCACCAACGACGCAGUCGACGCUCUUCGUCAGCCGAUGGUCUCGGUCGGUGCCAAGAUCCCCACGCUCAUCAUCAUUGGUGGGGAGACACCGGUGACGGUUGACCUCAUUGGCAAGAUCAGAGCUCUGCUGGCGCCUUUCUGCCAAGUCGUUCAGACUGUCAAGAGCCUCGCGCAUCUCGACGAUUCUGCCGUGGCCGAGAAAGCAUUCGUGCUUAGCUUGACUGAGCUUGACAGUGACCUUUACCGCGACUUGAGCGAGAAGACAUUUACCAAGCUGCAAGAGCUGACUACACGCUCGGAUCGACUCAUUUGGGUCGUGUCUGGGUCCCAAGGACGCAACCCCUACGCCAAUAUGAUCAAGGGCACGCUUCGUUGUCUGAUUGAGGAAUGCUCCCAUCUCGUCACCCAGAUCCUGGACAUCGAGGACAAUGUUUCCGGCGCAGGCCAGUUCAUAUCCGACGCGGUCCUGAGACUACACAAUCUGCACUCGAUGGAAAAUGCCAGCAAAACGCUGUGGUCUCACGAGCCGGAACUUCAUCUGCGAAACGGGCAGCCAUUCAUCUCGCGCUACCUUCCCAACAAGCAGCUCGACCUGGGCUACAACUCUCUGCAGCGCCACGUGCAGGUUGAGCUGCAGCCGACAGCAGGCGUGUUGCAGCUUUCUGCGGAUAAGUCAGCGCUGUCUCUCGAGAGACUGCGCGUCGCGGCUCUGCCUUCGUCGCACCUCGCGGCCAAUGAGCUGGAAACAGAAAUCAUUGUUCGCUAUUCGCAAUCUGUAGCUGUGCAUGUCCCUGCGCUCGGAUACCUGUAUCCGGUGACGGGCACAGACGUCCAGACCGGUCGCGUCGUUGCCGCGCUGUCCACCGAGAACCGGUCGCGCGUCUCGGUGCACAAGGCGACGUUGGUGCCGCUCAUCGGGCUUUCCGACGACCAAGAGCGCUCGCUUCCCGAGCGGCUGCAGGCCUUCUUCCUCGCCGCGACAAUCAUGCAGCGGUGCCCCCCGUUCACGAGCGCCGUCGUGCACGAGGCGUCCAACUCGCUGACGCAGCUCCUCGUCGACGCUGGCAGAAAGUCUGGCGUGCAGUUCAUCUUUACGACGAGCGACGCCUCCCGCGUCGACGAGAUCCAGGAGCAGGGCUGGAAAUUCAUUGCGCGCCACGGCUCGACUCGCCAGCUCAGCAAGCUGGUGCAGCCAGAUACGCUCAUGUGCGUCGACUGUACGCAGACGGGUUCCGGCGACAGUCUGGCCGCCAUGGGGCUUCAGGUCCCGUCUGGCGUCGCGGUGCUGACCGCCAGCGACUUUGUUCGCCCGCAGAGCUUCAAGUACCGCAAAAUCGAGGACCAGGCCGUCCACGAGGCUCUCAAGGCCGCCGUGGCCGAGACUACCUCCUUGGCCGCAGAGAAAAGCGACCUCGGCGCUGAUGGCAUGAUUCAGAUUCAAGACCUCCCACAGUCAUUUGCUUUUGGCGUCCCGGCCAAGACCAUCUCCUGGGUCAACGAGCUGCCUGUCCGCGCAACUGUGUUGCCCGCUCUGGAGGAAUGUCACUUCAAUCCUGACCGGACGUAUUUCCUCGUCGGGAUGGCGGGGAGCUUGGGUCUUUCUACCGUGUCUUACAUGAUCUCGCGUGGCGCAAGACAUUUUGCAUUGUCGAGUCGCAACCCGCAGGUGGACGCGGCGUGGAUUGCUGCGCAGAGAACCAAGUACGGCGCAGUCGUCAACACAUUUGCACUUGACAUUACGGACAAGGCGGCCCUGACAAAGACAAUUGCCGCCAUCAGGGCAACCAUGCCCCCGAUUGGCGGCGUUGCCAACGGCGCUUUGAUCAUUGAAGACAGCCUGUUUGCGGACCUCACGUACAAGCAGAUGACCCGAGCACUGGGCCCGAAAGUGGACGGUAGCCGGUAUCUCGAUGAAGCGUUUGGCCAGGACGACCUCGAGUUCUUCAUCCUCUACUCGUCGCUGGUGAGCAUCGCCGGCAACACGGGGCAGAUUGCCUACGCCGUGGCCAACAGCUUCAUGGUGAGCCUGGCGCACCAGCGCCGGCAGCGCGGCCUUGCGGCCUCGGUCAUCAACCUCACGGGCGUCAGCGGCAUCGGCUUCAUCACGCGGACGGGGCACAACAUCAUCGCGCGCAGCAAGGCGCUCGGGUACGACAUCAUCUCCGAGAGCGACUACUGCUACAUCUUUGCCGAGUCGGUCCUCGCCAGCCCGAGCACCUCGCCGCACGGCCCCGAGGUGUCGUCGAGCCUGCGCUACGUCGACGUGGCCCGCGACAAGGUCGUGCCGCCAUGGGCGUACGACGCCAAGUUUGGUCACUACCUGCUCGAUCGCCAGGCGCCGGCGACGAAUGGCGCGGCGGGUGAGUCGGACAAUGGUGGCCACCUCAGCCUGGACGUGCUCAAGGCCGCGCCUCCCGCGGAGUGCUACGACAUGAUCUUUCGCGCGUUUCAGACGGUGCUGCAGAAGUUACUGCGCCUGCCGGCCGACCAGCCCGUGCCGGCCGAGGUGCAGAUUCUCGACCUGGGCGUGGACUCGCUCGUGGCUGUCAAGAUGCGUCAGUGGUUCCUGAAGGAGUUGCAGGUCAACAUGCCGGUGAUGAAGUUGAUUGGCGGCGCGACUGUGUCGCAGGUGGUGUGGUCGGUUGUUCAUCAAAUCUUGCCCGAAAGCGCCAAAUAA